GCCUUUUGACCCCAUUCUGAAGAUUCGAAGUUUUCAGUUAGCCACAAUUUAACCCAAUAGUUACAUUUAUUGACGUAGUUUUCUCACUACCUCUCCGGUGCAAAUCACAUUAAGACCAGACCAGUGUAUGAGGCUUUUGAUUGACGUCAUACCCCUCCAAGUAGUAGGCUACUCUUAAUCGAUUGGGGCAACAGAUGAGUUACAUUUGAUUAAGAAAGCAUUGUCUGUCCUAUGCCAGUGAGUGCACUGUUCAUUUUUGGGCAUUACUUCCGGACAGACGGCUCUGAUAUCCUCCAGCUAUAUCUGAGCACCAGUUACCAGACACUGUGGAGUUUGCUCGCAUCUUAAAGGACAGAAACAAUAUUUUCAUCCAGCGCUGAUACUGUUCAGGGACGACCACCUGCGCUAUCAACCGGCAAGGCGGUGGCUGUCCAAGCUUCGAGUUCGCAAUUCGCAAGCAGUGCUACAAAGGAUCAGAACUCAUCAACCCCGCUGUGCAAUCAUGUCGACUACCGGGGAAGUCCCUGCCUUCUUCAAGAACAUGGGCUCGGGUAGCCCCAUGCCACGGCAGAAAUUCUGUGGCAUGUUCUGUCCAGUUGAAGGUUCUGGCGACAGCAAGACGUUGGAUUUCCAGUCACUGCCGGGGGGCAGUAGAAGGAGUGACGGACAGGUCAUUGACAGGCAGACGGACAUCUCCCAGCCAAGGGUCGAGAUACGGGAGAGCAGAGGAAAAUCAGCCCUGCAAAACCUGGAUGACAGGAGCGAUCGUCUCCUGAUCAAAGGGGCGAAGAUCGUGAACGAUGACCAGUCCUUCUGUGCUGACAUCUACAUGGAGGAUGGCCAGAUCAAACAAAUUGGCGAGAACUUGAUAGUGCCCGGUGGGGUGAAGAUCAUCGAUGCCCACGGGCGCAUGGUUAUGCCAGGGGGUAUCGAUGUGCACACACGCUUCCAGAUGCCUGACCGGGGCAUGACCUCAGUGGACGACUUCUACCAGGGCACCCGCGCUGCCCUGGCAGGGGGCACCACCAUGAUUAUUGACCACGUGGUUCCGGAACCCGGGGCCAGCCUGCUGUCAGCCUUUGAGCAGUGGCGUGAGUGGGCGGACAGCAAGUCCUGUUGUGACUACUCCCUGCAUGUGGACAUCACUGAGUGGCACAAGGGAGUUCAGGAGGAGAUGGAGGCCCUCGUCAAGGACCACGGUGUCAACUCUUUCCUUGUCUAUCUGGCUUAUAAGGAUGUUUUCCAGCUUACUGACUCUCAGGUCUAUGAGGUGUUCAGUGUGAUCCGGGAUCUGGGGGCCAUUGCUCAGGUCCAUGCUGAGAACGGAGACAUCGUGGCUGAGGAGCAGCGUCGUAUUCUGGAGCAGGGAAUCACUGGACCUGAGGGACACGUCUUGAGCCGUCCUGAAGAGGUGGAGGCGGAGGCUGUCAACCGCUCUGUGACAGUAGCCAAUCAGACUAAUUGUCCCCUCUACAUCACCAAGGUGAUGAGCAAGAGUGCUGCUGAUGUCAUCGCUCAGGCCAGGAAGAAGGGCACUGUGGUGUACGGGGAGCCAAUCACUGCCAGCCUGGGCACAGACGGCUCACACUAUUGGAGCAAGAACUGGGCCAAGGCCGCCGCCUUCAUCACGUCCCCACCCCUCAGCCCAGACCCGACCACGCCCGACUAUCUCAGCUCCCUGCUCUCCUGUGGGGACCUGCAGGUGACUGGCAGUGCCCACUGCACCUUCAACACUGCCCAGCGUGCCGUGGGCAAAGAUGACUUCACCCUCAUCCCCGAGGGUACCAACGGCACUGAGGAGAGAAUGUCCCUCAUCUGGGACAAGUGUGUGGUGACAGGUAAAAUGGAUGAGAACCAGUUUGUGGCGGUCACCAGCACCAACGCUGCUAAGAUCUUCAACCUGUACCCCCGUAAGGGCCGCAUCGCUGUGGGCUCUGACGCUGACCUGGUACUCUGGGACCCAGACGUCAUCAAGAUCAUUUCAGCCAAGAGCCACAACUCGAAUGUGGAGUAUAACAUAUUUGAGGGCGUGGAGGUGCGUGGCGCGCCCCUGGUGGUGAUCAGCCAGGGUAAGAUGGUCCUGGAGGAGGGGAACCUCCACACCACCGAGGGGUGCGGCCGCUUCGUUGCCCGGAAGCCCUUCUCUGACUACGUCUACAAGAGGAUAAGGGCUCGCAGCAGGCUGGCUGAGCUGAGGGGAGUUCCCCGAGGCCURUAUGACGGGCCUGUCUGUGAGGUGUCACUCACACCCAAAACUAUGACUCCUGCCUCUUCUGCCAAGACCUCUCCAGCCAAGCAGGCAGCAGCUGGUGCCCAGCCUGUCCGCAACCUGCACCAGUCAGGGUUCAGCCUAUCUGGUGCUCAAGUUGAUGACAAUCUUCCUCGACGUAACACCCAGCGCAUCGUGGCGCCACCCGGUGGCAGGGCCAACAUCACCAACCUGGGUUAACCACUCCUAUUGGCCAGGGGAAACGAGGGCUUGAGGGGAGGGGCAUCAGGGACUUGGGGCCAUUCCACCAGGAGGCAAACCCUCUAGCUACAGUGCCUGACCGAAUCUCCCCUCCUCAAUCUCUCAACCCCUCUCACGCUCCCUACAUCUUUCCCCGACUCCUUCCCCCCCAACCCCCAAAUCCCCCACCCUAGAGGAGACACAUAUAAAAAUUAUUUGCCUCAUUUGAAGAAAAAAUAUGAAAAAACAACACUCCUUAUAUGAGCACUUUGGACUGUAUUAUUUAGUGUUUUAUACUGUACUUUCUACCUGCCAUGUAUCAUUCAGUUUUGUUUUUUAUUUUCAUGUUAUAAUGGAGGGCUGAAGUGAGACUAGACUGAGCAGUUUUAACACGGCCAGAAGGUCAAGACGGUGCUUGUUGCAUUUGCAUAGAGGAAGUCCAUUCCGUCCCUCUUUUUUAAUUUUGGAUGUAUGGUGAAUGAAGUAUGGAGACACAAGGGGAGCAUGUUGUACUUGUGUUUUACCUUCAGAUAAUAGACGGGUUGGUUGUUUAGUCACAAAAUUGACGUGUGUGCAACUAUUGUGCAAAACAAACAGUGUUGGCUUAGACUGUUGACAACAUGUAAACUAUAUUUAGUCUCCAAAUGUUUAUUGAAAACAUAAAUACAUUUGCACAAUGAG